UUCGGGAAACAGGGAUAUCAGUGCCAAGUCUGUAGUUUCGUCGUUCACAAGCGAUGUCACGAAUACGUGACCUUCACGUGUCCGGGGGCCGACAAAGGAGCCGACUCGGACGACACGCGGACGAAGCAUCAAUUCAAGCAACACACCUACAACAGCCCCACCUUCUGUGACCACUGCGGUAGUCUUCUCUAUGGUGUCAUCCACCAGGGCAUGAAGUGCCAAGCAUGCGACAUGAACGUGCACAAGAGGUGCGAGGAGAGCGUGCCGAAUCUAUGCGGAUGCGAUCACACCGAAAGACGUGGUCGUAUACACCUGCACAUCUCAUGUGCCGGUAGCAAGCUAUCCAUAGAAGUGCGAGAGGGACGAAAUCUCAUUCCCAUGGAUCCGAAUGGGCUAUCGGAUCCUUAUGUUAAGCUGAAGCUAAUCCCGGAUUCGGACAACGUGAAGAAGAAAACAAAGACAAUCAAGUCGAACUUAAAUCCAGAAUGGAACGAGACAAUCAUUUUCGACCUCAAACCCGAGGAUAAAGACAGGCGGCUGUUGAUCGAGGUAUGGGACUGGGAUCGAACAUCCAGAAACGAUUUUAUGGGAUCCCUAUCCUUUGGCAUAUCGGAGCUUAUUAAAGCGCCUGCAAGUGGGUGGUUCAAGCUUCUCACUCAAGAGGAAGGAGAGUUCUACAAUGUACCUGUUCCUGAAGAAGGCGUCGACCUCGCCGAGCUCAAAACUAAAAUGCGGAAAACUUCGGUGACGAAAAAGACACACACGACCCAGGACAAGGAUGUGCCGCACAACAUGGGCAAGAGCGAUCUGAUACGAGCUAGCGACUUCAAUUUCUUAAUGGUACUUGGCAAAGGCAGCUUUGGCAAGGUCUUGCUGGCGGAAAGAAAAGGCACGGAUGAACUGUACGCCAUCAAAAUCUUAAAGAAGGACAUCAUUAUCCAGGACGACGAUGUGGAAUGCACGAUGGUUGAGAAACGUGUACUCGCGCUUUCGAACAAGCCGCCCUUCCUGGUGCAAUUGCAUUCUUGUUUUCAAACGAUGGAUCGCCUGUACUUCGUGAUGGAAUACGUGAACGGCGGCGAUCUGAUGUACCAAAUACAGCAGUGUGGCAAAUUUAAAGAGCCGGUGGCAGUAUUCUACUCGUCUGAAAUAGCAAUCGGCUUGUUCUUCCUGCAUUUGCGCGGCAUCGUCUACCGCGAUCUCAAACUGGACAAUGUCUUGCUGGACCAGGACGGUCACAUAAAAAUCGCGGACUUCGGCAUGUGCAAGGAGGGCAUUACCGGCGACAAGACUACCAAAACCUUCUGCGGCACGCCCGAUUACAUCGCGCCCGAGAUCAUCCUAUAUCAACCUUACGGGAAAUCCGUGGACUGGUGGGCUUACGGUGUUUUACUCUACGAGAUGUUAGUGGGUCAGCCACCGUUCGACGGCGAAGAUGAGGAUGAACUUUUUUCCGCGAUCACGGACCACAAUGUCAGUUACCCGAAGAGUCUGUCUAAAGAAGCCAAAGAAGUUUGUAAAGCGUUUCUCACGAAGAAUCCGAGCAAGAGACUGGGAUGCGGAAUGCGCGGCGAGGACGAUGUGCGAAGCCACGCAUUUUUCCGGCGCAUUGAUUGGGAGAAGAUAGAGAACCGCGAGGUGCAGCCACCUUUUAAGCCAAAAAUUCAACAUCGUAAGGAUGUGAGUAAUUUCGACAAGCAAUUCACCUCGGAGAAGACAGAUCUGACCCCCACGGAUAAGCUGUUCAUGAUGAAUUUGGACCAGACGGAAUUUAUGGGUUUCUCGUAUCUCAAUCCGGAGUUCGUGCAACAUGUUUAAGCGAAUAUUUAUUUUUUCUUAGACUUGUACCCAUUCUUCACUUCAUUCCUCGUCAUUCAUCUUCCUUGUUAUCACUCAGGGCUCUCUCUCUUUUUCUCUCUUUCAUCCUUUCUCUUUCGCUCUCUAUCAAUUUCUUUCUCUCUCUCUCUCUUUCGCUCUAUCUCCUUAUCUUGGAAUCUUGCUAUAUUCUCAUGACAGAAACGAGCGAGAACCUGGGACGCUAUCAUUUUUGGAUCUCACUAGGAUUUUACGCGAGAUUCUUCGAUGUAUUUCUAAGGUUGCUGAUCGUAUGUUGCAUUAUUUGCGCUGUAAAGGAUAUAAAAAAGAAAAAGAAACGCGGUAUAGAUGCUGAUUUAUCGAAUGAAUCUGAAAAGCUAUCGCAAGGAAAAGACGAAGCCGACGAACGGAGAAAUGCGCGUGGGGAAGAAAUACGGUCCCCGCAAAAAUAAAAUAAAAAGAAGAGUGAUACGACUGGCAAGAGAGAAAUUUCAAAAUCGAUGUCUUCGUUUUUUGCGUAUAUUAUUAUGCAUUUACUUCAGUAGUCUCUCUACUGUCGCCUUCCAGAGUAUAUAUAAUAUAUAUAUUAGACGAAUGGAUGAAUAUAUAUGAUUAUAUAUACAUAUACAUAAUAUAUAUA